CGGGCUCUACGACCAGAUCGCGGCAGUUCUACAUCGCUUCCAAAAAUACCUUCUCUUCUGCCGGCAGCAGUCACAUUACUACUCCAUUUUUUGCCGAUGACACGGUUUACGACCACGCGCUGCAAUUCUACGCCAUCAUUUGGAAGCAACUUUUUCUGGUCUGCCCAACAGUCACGUCACAACCCGAUUUUCUUCCGGUUAAAGGUCUACGACCGAUCGCUGCAAUUCCACCUCAAGGUUUUCGAAGCGACUUUUCAUCUGUCCGCAGCAGUCACAUCACAACUCCAUCUUUUUUCUUCCGUGACACGGUCUAUGACCAUUAGCUGCAAUUUCACAUAG